UCUAUUUUUUCAUCCCAUCACACCCAUACAUCAUCUUCACUUAAUAUAAACCAAAAUGUCUUCCCUUAGUCCAAUCUUAGCCAUACUCCUAGCAAUUGGUUGUGUAGCAUCAACCUUUCUAGGCGCUGCAGCACAAAACUGCGGUUGCGCGACUGAUGUGUGCUGCAGCAAAUGGGGUUACUGUGGCACAACAGCUGAUUAUUGUGGAGAUGGGUGUCAAAGUGGGCCAUGUUAUUCUUCUACCACAGUGAGUGUUCCAAAUUUGGUAACAGAUGCUUUUUUUAAUGGAAUUAUAAGCCAAGCCAGUUCAAGUUGUGCUGGUAAAAGUUUUUAUAGCAGAUCUGCUUUUCUAAGUGCUUUCCAAUAUUAUCCUGGGUUUGGAACCGGUGGAUCCUCUGAUGAUACUAAACGUGAAGUUGCUGCAUUCUUUGCCCAUGUUACUCACGAAACUGGACAUUUUUGCUACAUAGAAGAGAUAGUGAAAUCAACCUAUUGUCAAGCAAGCACAACAUGGCCAUGCAAUCCCAACAAGCAAUACUAUGGAAGGGGUCCCAUUCAAAUUACUUGGAACUACAACUACGGACCAGCAGGACAAAGCAUAGGAUUUGACGGUUUAAAUGAACCCGAAACCGUGGCUAACAAUCCAAUUAUCGCCUUUAGAACCGCCUUUUGGUUCUGGAUGAACAAUGUGCACUCUCUUAUUAUCUCCGGCCAAGGGUUCGGCGCCACCAUUCGCGCUAUCAAUGGAGGGGAAUGUAAUGGCGGAAACACACCUGCCGUAAAUGCUCGUGUAUCGUACUACACUCAAUAUUGUUCACAAUUUGGUGUUUCUCCUGGGAGUAACCUUUAUUGCUAAAGUCUUGUAUAAACUUAAUCUAUAUUAAAAUACUGUAUACACUAUUUUAGUGUGUAUUAUAAGUCCACACAACACUUGUACUAUACACAGUCCACAUUAAAAUACUAUGUAUACUAUUUUAGUGUAUAUUAAGUCCAUACGACACUUGCAUCGAUUGUGUACUCUACGUUUGUUGUAACUUUCUAUACUCAUGUGAGUUUAUUAUAAAUCCAUUUUUCUAUGUACCUUUAAUCCUCCAUGAUGAAAUAAAAUUAUCUUAUCUUUUGAAUUG